AUGAUGACGCCUAUAGAGGAGAAGAAAGAUGACAAGAUCCGCACAGGCAUGGUGCAGGUAUCGGACGGCAAGUCCCGUCCGAUGCCGGCGCGACUGGUGCUGACGAUGGAAGCGGUGACGGUGCAGCGUGAGAUCAUUGUUCCUCCGCAACCGCGCGACCCAAGAGUCCCACAUACUAGGGAGCGAAUGGUUCAAAUAACACGUCAGAAGGUUGGCGGGUUAGGACUUAGUAUAAAAGGCGGUGCCGAACACAAGCUGCCCAUCCUUAUUUCCAAGAUAUACAAGGAUCAGGCGGCGGACCAGACGGGACAACUCUUUGUCGGCGAUGCAGUCAUUAAAGUUAACGGUGAAUACAUAACGGCUUGUAACCAUGACGACGCCGUUAAUAUCCUCCGUAACGCCGGGGAUAUUGUCGUUCUCACAGUCAAGCACUAUCGGGCUGCUACACCCUUCUUACAGAAACAGGCUGAAACAGCAUCCGACACGGACAGCAGUACAGGAGAUGAUCACCCUUCACUCCAUGGAAAAGUUGACGAUAACUGUAACUCUGAGAAGACUGACACUAAUGGGGGAUGGCAGAGUGCAUGGGGUGAUUCUCAAGAUGCGCAAUCAAGGCCUUCCUCAGUUGCCUCCGAUCGUCUUCCAGAGGGAACUAAGGAGUGGGUUGAUGUUGUUUCAGUACCGCUAAUGAUGGGUUACGUGACCCGAUACGUUUUAGGAACAGAUAAGCUAAGACCCGGAGCUUUUGAAGUUAGAGGUGCGCGUACGCAUGUUACAACAGGCGUCGUGCACGUAGAAGAGCCAGCCGCACUCUCACACUGGCUUAAGAGCAUCUCUGACAAUAUUAUGGGACUCACCAAUUUGCAGAUGAAACUGUUUAACCGCCAUCUAGCGAGCGGCGAGCGUAUCGAAUAUAUGGGAUGGGUUCAGGAAGGUGAAGUUUGUGGGGGACAACCUUGGCAGACUUAUCGGCCUAAGUUUCUUAUUCUUAAAGGGACGGAUGUUAUGCUCUUUGAUACUCCACCGACGAAUAUCACGGAACUAACCAAAUGUCCGGAGACGCUAAAGGUGUACCAGACAAUGUUUCGAACGGUCAAAGAGAGUGAGACAGUGGAUUGGCGGCAGCACUGCUUCUUGGUCCAGAGCUCAGCCCCGGGACCUGCCUCUGCUGGUCCGAGAUACUUUAGUACUGAGACAAGGCAGGAAUUGCUACGUGUCGAAGCUGCGUGGACCGCCAACAUCGUCAACUCGGUUAUACGUCUUGGGGUGAGUUAA